AUGAGUGGGGAUACAAAACCAGUAGUUACACGUCGUACAAGGUCCAAUUCCAGUAGUGAUGGUUCUGCAUCACCUAUGACACAAGAGUUUAUGGCCCCGAGCACAGCGCCGAGAAACCGGUACACACAUAUCAUCAUACUAAAAUCGCUAAACAACACAUUCGAGACAAAGUUCCUGGUAGUGCCCUUUAAACCUGAUGGACUGAAACUUGGCAGGCCGAUAGCAAACUCAGGGGCCCAGCCGGGUGGGAAGCAGGACUUGCAAUCACAGGUGAGGCCCGAUAAUGGCCAUUUCGACUCAAGAGUCCUUUCAAGGAACCACGCUUCACUCAGCUGUGAACCGUUUUCUGGCAAAAUAUAUAUACGGGAUUUGAAGUCUUCUAACGGAACCUUCGUCAACGGAAACCGAAUUACGCAGAGCGACACAGAGCUCAAGGUUGGGGAUAUUAUUGACCUUGGAACAGACAUCGACGCCAAGUUUGAACACCGCAAGAUUAGCGCUCUGGUGGAAGACAUCUCGGUAAUUCCCUUAAUUAACGAGGAUGAGCCGUUUACAAAUGGCGCCGGGAAGCAUUCUCGUGACGAUUUAACUGGCGGUCUUGCCACGCCCAAUGCGCAGCGGGCAGCAUUCGAAGCAGCAAUGUUUGGCGACGUCAACAACUUAGAUCUGGAGGAAUCUCUGCUUGGCUCAGAAACCGAGAUUCUCAGCGGCAUUUUCAUCAACAAUUCCAUAGGGACCAGCCCAAACCUUAUAAAUGUUAUCAAAACCCUGGUUACAGAAAUUUCCUUAGAAAAGCAUGAGUUUGAGAAGAUGAAAUCAAUAGAGAGAUUCUUGAUUCAUUUCACAACAAACCUAGAGCACAUCAACAAGCUGCGAGUCGAAAAUAACGAUUUACAGUUGGUACAGCUUCAGAAUUCUUUAAAACAAAAGCUUAAUGAAAAGCAUGACGUCGCGAUGCAAACACAUGUUGACCGUUUGAAGAAGGUUGAAGAAGAGAACGACAGUCUUCGAAGUGACCUUGAAAAACAAUCAAAGGUUGAAGCCAAAGAACUCAAAAGCCUGAAAAGGGAAAUCGAAGAUCUCAACACAAGGCUAGAGGUAGAAAAAUUCAAGAACACACAGCUAAAAAAGAGUGCUGACGAGAAUAGCAUCUACUCGAAGCGUCUCAGAGAUUCGGGCUUGAAUAAGGCACAAGACUCUCCCAGCAAAAAAUCAGCUGGAAGAAAGUCAACAAUUCUACUUAGUGCAUUCACGGUCGGGAUUGCCGCCGCAGCUUUCCAAUACGCCUCAAAGCGAUAG